CUUCAGCUCAGCUCCACCCCCGCGCGGCGGCUGCUCGCUCCGUCCGGACCCGCGCUCCGCACAAGCCCAGCCCGGGCGAGCGGCGGCCACCUGCCCGGCGCCGCCUCCGCCCGCCUCCACCGCGGCCCAACUUGGAUGGAGUUGGGGUCCUGAGCGCCGGCCCCCCACAGCCGCCAGCGCAGAGCCCCGCGCCGCCAGCUUCGGUCUGGGACCCCUCUCUCCGCUGCUCUCCGCUCCCGCGAUGGGAAAAGUUGGCUCCGGCGGCGGCUCCCCAGCCCGGCUGAGCGCACUCCUCGCCGGCGCGGGGCUCUUGGUCCUCUGCGCCCCGGGCGUUUGCGGCGGCGGCUCCUGCUGCCCCCCGCCGCACCCCAGCUCGGCCCCACGCUCGGCUUCGACCCCUACGGGCUUUUUUCACCAGGGGCCGCCAGGCAGGGCUCCUGCCACGCCCCUGCCCCUCGUAGUGCGCCCCCUGUUCUCAGUGGCCCCCGGGGACCGAGCGCUGUCCCUGGAGCGGGCUCGGGGCACUGGGGCAUCCGUGGCGGCUGCCGCACGCUCCGGCCGGAGGAGACGGAGCGGAGCGGAUCAGGAGAAGGCAGAACGGGGAGGGGGCGCGAGUCGGAGCCCCCGGGGAGUGCUGAGAGAUGGAGGGCAGCAGGAGCCUGGAACUCGGGAGCGGGACCCGGACAAAGCCACCCGAUUCCGGAUGGAGGAGCUGAGACUGACCAGCACCACGUUUGCGCUGACCGGAGACUCAGCACACAACCAAGCCAUGGUCCACUGGUCUGGCCACAACAGCAGCGUGAUUCUCAUUUUGACAAAGCUCUAUGACUAUAACCUGGGGAGCAUCACCGAGAGCUCACUUUGGAGGUCAACCGAUUAUGGAACAACCUAUGAGAAGCUGAAUGAUAAAGUUGGUUUGAAAACCAUUUUGAGCUAUCUCUACGUGUGUCCUACCAACAAGCGUAAGAUAAUGUUACUCACAGACCCAGAGAUUGAGAGCAGCUUAUUGAUCAGCUCAGAUGAAGGGGCAACUUAUCAAAAAUACCGUCUGAACUUCUACAUUCAAAGCUUGCUUUUUCACCCCAAGCAAGAAGACUGGAUUCUGGCCUACAGUCAAGACCAAAAGUUAUACAGCUCUGCUGAAUUUGGGAGAAGGUGGCAGCUUAUCCAAGAAGGGGUUGUACCAAACAGGUUCUACUGGUCUGUGAUGGGGUCAAACAAAGAACCAGACCUUGUGCAUCUUGAGGCCAGAACUGUGGAUGGUCAUUCACAUUAUCUAACUUGCCGAAUGCAGAACUGUACAGAGGCCAACAGAAAUAAACCUUUUCCAGGCUACAUUGACCCAGACUCUUUGAUUGUUCAGGAUGAUUAUGUGUUUGUUCAGCUGACAUCAGGAGGGCGGCCCCAUUACUACGUGUCCUACCGAAGGAAUGCGUUUGCCCAGAUGAAGCUGCCGAAAUAUGCUUUGCCCAAGGACAUGCAUGUUAUCAGCACCGAUGAGAAUCAAGUAUUUGCAGCGGUCCAAGAAUGGAACCAGAAUGACACGUACAACCUCUACAUCUCAGAUACACGUGGUGUCUACUUCACCCUGGCCUUGGAGAAUGUCCAGAGCAGCAGAGGCCCUGAGGGCAAUGUCAUGAUCGACCUCUAUGAGGUAGCAGGGAUAAAGGGAAUGUUCUUGGCUAACAAGAAGAUUGACAACCAAGUGAAGACUUUCAUCACAUAUAACAAAGGCAGAGACUGGCGUUUGCUGCAGGCGCCAGACACGGAUCUAAGGGGGGACCCCGUGCACUGCUUGCUGCCCUAUUGCUCACUGCACCUUCACCUGAAGGUCUCUGAGAAUCCUUACACAUCAGGGAUCAUUGCCAGCAAAGACACAGCUCCAAGCAUCAUAGUGGCAUCAGGUAAUAUCGGUUCUGAAUUAUCAGACACUGACAUCAGCAUGUUUGUCUCUUCAGAUGCAGGGAACACUUGGAGGCAGAUCUUUGAAGAAGAGCACAGUGUUUUGUACCUGGAUCAAGGUGGAGUCCUGGUUGCUAUGAAACACACAUCUCUCCCGAUUCGACAUCUUUGGUUGAGUUUUGAUGAAGGGAGAUCUUGGAGCAAAUACAGUUUCACAUCUAUUCCACUUUUUGUGGAUGGGGUUCUGGGUGAGCCUGGAGAAGAGACUCUCAUCAUGACAGUGUUUGGACACUUCAGCCACCGCUCUGAAUGGCAGCUGGUCAAAGUAGACUACAAGUCCAUUUUUGAUAGACGGUGUGCCGAAGAGGACUACAGACCCUGGCAGCUGCACAGCCAGGGGGAAGCAUGUAUCAUGGGAGCGAAAAGGAUAUAUAAGAAGCGAAAAUCAGAGAGGAAAUGUAUGCAAGGAAAAUAUGCAGGAGCUAUGGAAUCUAAACCCUGUGUCUGCACUGAGGCUGAUUUUGAUUGCGACUAUGGUUACGAGCGACACAGCAAUGGCCAGUGCCUGCCGGCAUUCUGGUUCAACCCAUCCUCUCUGUCAAAGGAUUGCAGCUUGGGACAGAGUUACCUCAACAGUACUGGGUACAGGAAGGUGGUGUCCAAUAAUUGCACUGAUGGAGUAAGGGAACAGUACACUGCCAAACCCCAGAAGUGCCCAGGGAAAGCCCCGCGGGGGCUGCGGAUAGUCACAGCUGAUGGAAAGCUGACAGCGGAGCAAGGACACAACGUUACUCUCAUGGUGCAGUUAGAAGAGGGUGACGUUCAGCGGACACUUAUCCAAGUGGACUUCGGCGAUGGUAUCGCGGUGUCUUACGUGAAUCUCAGCUCCAUGGAAGAUGGGAUCAAACACGUCUAUCAGAACGUGGGCAUUUUCCGUGUGACCGUGCAGGUGGACAACAGUCUGGGUUCUGACAGCGCCGUCCUGUACUUACAUGUAACUUGUCCCUUGGAGCACGUGCACCUGUCUCUUCCCUUUGUCACUACAAAGAACAAAGAGGUCAACGCGACGGCGGUGCUGUGGCCCAGCCAAGUGGGCACGCUCACUUAUGUGUGGUGGUACGGGAACAACACGGAGCCUUUGAUCACCUUGGAGGGAAGCAUAUCCUUCAGAUUUACUUCGGAAGGAAUGAAUACCAUCACAGUGCAGGUGUCAGCUGGGAAUGCCAUCCUACAAGACACGAAGACCAUCGCUGUAUAUGAGGAAUUCCGGUCCCUUCGCUUGUCCUUUUCUCCAAACCUGGAUGACUACAACCCGGACAUCCCUGAGUGGAGGAGGGACAUCGGCCGAGUCAUCAAAAAAUCCCUGGUGGAAGCCACAGGGGUUCCAGGCCAGCACAUCCUGGUGGCGGUGCUUCCCGGCUUGCCCACGACUGCUGAACUCUUUGUCCUGCCCUACAAGGAUCCAGUGGGAGAAAACAAAAGGUCAGCUGACGACUUGGAGCAGAUAUCAGAACUGCUGAUCCACAAGCUCAACCAAAACUCAGUACACUUUGAGCUGAAGCCAGGGGUCCAAGUCCUGGUCCAUGCUGCUCACUUAACGGCAGCCCCGCUGGUGGACCUCACUCCAACCCACAGUGGAUCUGCCAUGCUGAUGCUGCUCUCAGUGGUGUUUGUGGGGCUAGCAGUGUUCGUCAUCUACAAGUUUAAAAGGAAGAUCCCGGGCAUUAAUGCUUAUGCCCAGAUGCAGAAUGAGAAAGAACAAGAGAUGAUCAGUCCAGUCAGUCACUCUGAAAGCAGGCCCAGUGUCCCUCAGACUGAACUAAGGAGGCCUGGCCAGCUUAUAGAUGAGAAGGUGGAAUCCCAGCUCAUAGGUAAAUGAUUCCCAGUAGCCAUCAGCUGUUCAGCUGAGUAGGCAAUGGCUGACUCUCUCUCUAACCCCUUUCUGGCUUGACAUAACCAUUUUCUUCUGCUCUAACACCCCUGAGAGAAACAGCUAAGAUGGCUCUUUCCCUGCUUCCUCUCAUUGGGAUGGGGGAAAAAAACCAACAACAAACCUCUUGCUUCUAUCUAGUUUAUUUUUUUCUCUCAUUAGUUUAUUCCUCCUUUUGCAAAACCCUCCCUAAAAUAUUGGGCUUAAAAUGUCAAAAUGUUACAUGUUUAUGGGCAAAGAGCAAAGCAUUUGCUAUAAUAAUAUCUAAGAAGGAGAGGCCUCAGAGGCUAGGCUGGUGGCUCAGAGGACUGGGCAGGGUUUGCAGGACAUGGUAUGUAUUGAUUAGAAUGAAACAUGGUGGCCUCAACUGGAUACAGCUCUAAAGAGGGCAGACUUCUUCAGAAUGCUAGUAGAGGAGUGACGUAACAAGAAUGGCCAGCCUCAUCAUCCAAGGCAAGUUUUUUUACAUCUAGUGGUAGCCAGGAACUUUCUCUUAGGAGAUAUGGCACCUAAGAACUUGAGGACAAGAGGCAUAAAGUUUGCAGAUAUCCAGGGAGUGGAGCAACCUCAGAGAGACCACGUUGGUGGGUGAGACUAUUAUAUAGCAGAUUAGCAAAUUUCUUCCUCUUUUUUGACUGUCCCUUAGCAGAAAUUGUAAAAUAGACUUUCUCAUAUUUCAACAGAGCUCUCUCUGCCUGUAAGGUAGGCACAGGAAUCCAACAAGUAGGUAUGGAGAGUCUGACUUUCGCUUGCUAGUAGAUCCUGCUAUUUAUUGCAGAAAGAAUUUUCCAGGAAGUUAGACAAACCCAUGAAGCCACUAUUGCUGAUCUGUUUCUCUCUUUGGUCCCUCCUGCCUAUUGGCACUAGGAGUUAAAGACUUGUAUGUAUGAUCACAGCCAGAUCCUGCAUUACUGACAACAGUGGAUAAAUUACCGUAUAAUCAUUUCUGCUCCACUGUAAUGUGAUCAUGCCAGACCACUUGGCCUUUACAUAACAUUUUUAAUCUUACUUGGGAAAAAAAUGAGUAUAUAAAUGGAAACAUGACCCUCUUUAAACAAAUAUGAGAAAGGUCUGUGGCUGUGUUAAGGAGAAAUUUAAAUGCAGUAACUGGCUCCUAUCAUAGGUAAUGAUAACAACGGCAGCCACAUCUGGUGUCCAAUUUUCACAGUGCACUUUCUUUUAUUUGGGGAGACAAGGUAAUAAAAGUAUAAUUGCUUGGGGUUAAAAAGAAAAAAGACUUUUCUGUCUUCCAGUCCAGAGAGGCAUUCACCCUGUCUACUCAUUCCUGAAGCUUCUACGUGCAUUUUUUGAUAUCAUUUGGUUCUCAGUUGCAUUUCUGUAGGGUAUGAAGCAUAGCCUGUGUUUGCUUUAUUAAAGUAGCAAUUCCUCCUUUACCAGGAAGCUAUCGCAGCACAUUGCAAAGUCUCUGACACCUUUCCCUUUCCAGUGUCAUUAAAUGAGUAAGUGUUACACGUUUUCUCUUAGGAGAGUAGCUUUACCCUCCCCUCCCUCCCCUUCUACUCAACCUGGUGACUCAUCUCUCCGAUUGCAAAGAGCAAGACACGCCACUCCGCCUUCAACGCCAAAGCGGGGAUCUGCUGGGGCACAAUUUGCAAUUUAAGGAAAACCCCCAAAGGCUACAGGCGACCUGCUGAUCAGGAAAGAAUUUCGCUCUUGUCAAGUACAUCAUCCUUCAUGACCACUAACUUUGUGUUUUUUUCUUUCCUUUGUUGUUCUGUUUCCUAUUUUGCCAGGAAGUAUUUCCAUAGUUGCUGAGAAUCAAAGCACAAAAGAAAUCCCUACCUAUGUAAAUGUUUGAAUGGAGGACGCCAGUAAAAAAACAAAACAAAACAAAAACAAAAUAAUAUAAAAUAUAAACAAUCAAAAUCCAAACAAACAAACACUCACUGCAUCGGGACUUUUUAAUUCUUCAGACACAGACAACAAGGGUUUUUAAGCUUUAAGCCUGUGCAUGUGGACGAUACCCUGAGAACAUGUGUGGAGGGGCAGUGUACAGGUGCUCUAUUUUAAUGGAAAACACUCCCCUCUCCCUCUUUCUUCUCCUCUCUCUUUUUUCUGAUCGGUCGUGUUUGUAGAAAAUUCACAACAUAUAUAGGCCAAGGAAAUCUGCAUGUAUUUUUGGAAAUAUUCUUGGCUCUAGAUUUAUCAGCUAUUUUAGCAUUAAGGGCUGAUGGGUGGAUUAGCUACCCCAGCUCCUUUCAUAAGACACAAAGACAUGCACAGGAGUCUGAAACCCUGAGCUGUUUCUCUGUUCCACUUUCCAUAUUGUCAUCUCCCUUCUAAGUUAGCUUUUGUAGCUCUGUUGGUCAACAGUGGCCACAAGGCUGCUUUCUGUACUCUCUGUGGCCACAGAAACAAAGAUGGGAGUUAAAGAUCCCUGUAUGCAGGUAGAAUAGGGAAGGAAGGGAGGCAAAGCACGUCAGAAACGGACCUUGGUUUUCACCUCUUUCCACCAUGAUUGCUUCCCCUUGCAGCUUUCCCUACUCCUGCCCCAACUGCAGUACGAAAUGGAAUCCCAUUAGUUACCCAUUUUCCUGCCUUCACAUGUGUCUGUCAUCCUUGUGUGGCCAUGAUCUGUUGAUGUCUUUGAAUCUCUUCCCUCCAAGCCCCAAAUAAGUUGUCCUUCAACUGUUCUCAAUUUUUCUUCCCAAACAUGUUGCUAGAUUCUGGACAUUAACUCUAAUGUUUUCUAAAUACGGGCCUGGCCUCUGCCGCCCCUGCCUCCAUGACUUGCAAGUUUCCGAUCCCUCUGUCAGUUUUGUACAUUCCCAAGCAUGCCAGUGUCUGUGCCCAUGGACCCCGCUGUAUCCUGCACAGCAGGGGUCAGUUUCACGUAUCCUUGCCUUUUCAUCUAGAACCUGCCUUUUCCCCUAGAACCUGCCUUUUCCCACCUGGAAACAUUCACUGUAUGUGAAAGAGUUGAUAUAUGCAAAGCAAUUCAAACCUGGCCAUGCACUUUGGAAAAGAAAGCAUAGAGAUGAAUUGUGGUGUUCUCACAACUUAACCAAAAUCUCGUGCAAUCUGUUUCUAGAAGACUCUUGAGAGAAAUGUUUUGAAUAUGUGACAAUUUUGCAGGGCUGUUUCCUCCUGUGAUGGUUGCUGUUACCCAACAUUUCCACUCUCACAAUAGAAUAGAAAUGUGUGUGAAAUUGAUUUUAACUGGAAGGAGAAGCAGGUUAAUGGACUUCAUGUUUAAGAGUGUCAAAAAGUCAGAGAAUAAAUUGGGUGGGGGGGUCUUGUCUUACAUUACGGUGAGAGUUUUAUAUUUAGGAUGAUCCCAGUGAUUUCAUGUGUGCUCUCUGACCUCUGAGUAUCAUAGUGUCAUUAAAGGAAAAAUUUAAGUCUGUGUGACGAGAAAAGUUAGCUGAUUGGUUAAAAAAAAAAAAAAAAAAGAUUGGCGCAAAGCAUGAAGAAAUCCCAGUUUUUCCCAGGGUUAUCAUGAAAGAAGCUCCAGAGAAAGAGGGAAACAAAAGCCUGUCCAGCAGAGGUCCCUUUAGUAUUAUAGUCUGGGCAAAACCCACUAUAAAUUAUAGGAGCAAGAAGUUCUGAUAAACCUCUUAGUGAGUUCAGCCUCCUCCUUUGCUGUGUCCCUAAGCCAACAGUAUAACACAGGCCCUGGUGAUAAUGAGGGUGUCCUGAAGAUCCUGAUGUUCAUGACUUCACAGGAAGAAUAGCAAAGCUGCUGUCAGAAACUGAUCAGGCAGAGAUGUUUAUGGUUGAGGAUACCCCGUAUGAAUCUGGGAAAUUGGUUACGCCUGAGGCAGCCACCUAUUUGUAGAACUCGAUUGAUUCCUAACCUGCCAGGCUUCCUAUCUCAUAGGAAACAUCCUCAUUGAUCCUCUUCAGUUGGAGUCUCCCAAAUUUAAUCUGGAGGACAAAGUGUUGGAAAACCAAAAGAGGCUCACUCACACCAGCACAGGGAAUCCUCAGAGUUGCAGUUCGAUUCAUCAUAAUUAGAAAAGUCAGAAAAAAGAGUAACAGUCUUAUUCUAGCACAGUGCCUUGCCUAGAGUAGUAGUACGAAAAUUAUUUGUUGAAUAAAUGAAUGGAAAGACAUAGGGAAGAAUAACAUAGGAAAGAAUAAGCUGUAAAUCCUAAUUAAAAAUAGAGGUAGACAUGAGAUGCCUGGCAUUUUGGAAAGUGACCAAAGAUGGCCGGCUAGAGAUUCAGCAUCUCCAGGGUCCUCAUGUGCCUCUCUUCAAAGCUCCCUCCCAUCUGUAGGAGAUUAGUGAGGCAAGGUACUGCUCAGAGAGGACCUCGUUGUUCUUAUGACCUUGGCCAGUUGUUCUCAAAGUGUGGCACCUGGACCAGUAGUAUCAGAAUCACUUGGGCUUGUCAGAGAUGCAAAUUCUCCAUCCAUACCCCAUACCUACUGAGUUAGAAACUCUAGGGGAUGAAUAGUGGUGUUCUCUGUUGCUAAGCGAUAGUGAGCCUGGCCAUCUAUUUUAACAAGCCCCCCCAGUGACUGUGAUACAUACUGGAAUCUGAGAACCAUUGUCCUAGGCCAUUCCAGCUGCAUCUCAAAGAGAAGGCAGUAACAAGAGCCUACAAAUGGGAGAGACCUAAGUGCCUACCUACUCGCUAACAGCAGGUGCAAACACACAAGUGGUUUGGUGGGCUUAAGGUCAGAGGAGUGUGUAUGGAAGUAUGUAUGUGGAAGGUAAGAUUCAGGGCAAGCUAAAAAUCCAAUACUGCAACGUUUUCCAAAAUCCCAGAAGGCAAACUGUGCAUGUUCUACCCUGAACUAUCCAACCAACAUUUUCUCCCUUGCCUUAUUUUUAAUUGGAUUCACUGUCCAAAAUGCAGAGGUUUGCUUUGCUUUUUUUUCAGAAGUUCCAAACAGCAACUUUGAGAGCAGUGGGGUGCUUGGCAGCUGUUCUAUGUUUUCCAGGAAUCCAACUGAGCAUUGAAAUCUCUCAUUUGCCAACUUAUUUUUAUAGGAAGCCAAUUAAAAAAAAAAGUUUUCUUAUAGUAUUGGAACUACUUCUAAUUUUAAAAUGACUUUUUUGAUGUAUUUUUUGUUAAAUACUCUGUAGUGUAAUGUAUAAUUGCUCUUGUUUAUUGCUUUUACAAUCAUAUUUAUUAAACAGAUAAUGUCUCUAA